AUGGCUAAGAGUGGCAAAAACUCCAAAAAAGCGAAAAAGAUGGGCCUAAUCACGGUGAGAACCGGUAGGACACCCUCACCGUCGCCUGAACCAUAUGCCUCUAACUCUCCGAUGAGAGAAAAUCUACACGAGGGAUCAUCCUUCCGACGGGUUCACCAAACGGGGAACUCGCCGAAAGAUAGCGGCGCUCAUGAAGAUAGCUCGCCGCAGAGCAUGCAUUCAACCCCUCCCACCGUUCCUUCAACGGAAGAGGUGGCGAGGGCAGUGGCUCUGAAGGACCAGAUUGAAGAACUGGUCCAGAAAGGGUACUUAAAGAAAUAUGUCGCGAAGCGCCGCGAAGAAAAGAAAGCUGAAAGAGAUUCUCGGCAGGAUCUGGAUUACCACCGGAAAAGGGACAAACCUCCCGAGGGAGGAAAUCAUGACAUCCUAACCAUUUCCGGGGACGAAGGACGCUCCGAAAAAAUCUUGGGCAGCCAAAGGGAGGCCCGAGAAUGCAAUUUCCUUAAACCAUCCAAGAGUCGCCGCAAUGACAAGGAUGAUGAGGAAGAAAAAGAGAAAGAAAAAGAGCGAGGUACCAAAAGACCAAAGGGCCUAAGUGCCUCGGCUCAGGGAUCCCCAUCCAAAAGAACAUCUAUGGGGACCGGAAAGUCUAGUUAUUCGGCUGGUCCGAAAGACUCAGAGGAAGAUCAGCCGAAGUUAGUAAAGUUUGCUGACAUCGACAGUAGGCCCGAAUCUGAAGAAUCUGGCUUCAAGUCUAUGGAGCUAGAUGAACAAACUGAAUCAAUAUCAUUGACUGAAGAAGAUACUGAAAAAUGA